AUGUCAGUGCCAGGCUCACCAUCACUGCUCAGGCCUCAGAAUGUCAGUGCCAGGCUCACCAUCACUGCUCAGGCCUCAGAAUGUCAGUGCCAGGCUCACCAUCACUGCUCAGGUCUCAGAAUGUCAGUGCCAGGCUCACCAUCACUGCUCAGGCCUCAGAAUGUCAGUGCCAGGCUCACCAUCACUGCUCAGGCCUCAGAAUGCCAGUGCCAGGCUCACCAUCACUGCUCAGGCCUCAGAAUGUCAGUGCCAGGCUCACCAUCACUGCUCAGACCUCAGAAUGCCAGUGCCAGGCUCACCGUCACUGCUCAGGCCUCAGAAUGCCAGUGCCAGGCUCACCAUCACUGCUCAGACCUCAGAAUGCCAGUGCCAGGCUCACCAUCACUGCUCAGGCCUCAGAAUGCCCCGUCCACUGUCAACCACCGCCAUGGCAACGAUCACCAUGACGACCACUCCCAUGGCAACGACCACCAUGACGACCACUCCCAUGGCAACGACCACCAUGACGACCACUCCCAUGGCAACGACCACCAUGACGACCACUCCCAUGGCAACGACCACCAUGACGACCACUCCCAUGGCAACGACCACCAUGACCACUCCCAUGGCAACGACCACCAUGACGACCACUCCCAUGGCAACGACCACCAUGACGACCACUCCCAUGGUAACGACCAUGACGACCACUCCCAUGGCAACGACCACCAUGACGACCACUCCCAUGGCAACGACCACCAUGACGACCACUCCCAUGGCAACGACCACCAUGACGACCACUCCCAUGGCAACGACCACCAUGACGACCACUCCCAUGGCAACGACCACCAUGACGACCACUCCCAUGGUAACGACCACUAUGACGACCACUCCCAUGGCAACGACCACUCCCUUGGUAACGACCACCAUGACGACCACUCCCAUGGCAACGACCACCAUGACGACCACUCCCAUGGCAACGACCACCAUGACGACCACUCCCAUGGCAACGACCACCAUGACGACCACUCCCAUGGCAACGACCACCAUGACGACCACUCCCAUGGCAACGACCACCAUGACGACCACUCCCAUGGUAACGACCACCAUGACGACCACUCCCAUGGCAACGACCACCAUGACGACCACUCCCAUGGCAACGACUAA